AUGAAGCGACCAAUGAAGAUUUAUAAUCAUAUAAAGUUAAAAUUAGGCACUGGUGGCUUCUUAGAGUUCCAGGCGACGCAUCCCUCGUUAUGUGAGAGUAAAUCGUCAUCCAAACAUGCACUGACCUCAAUGUCUCAACCAUGCAUGCCAGUAAGCAAUAUCGGACCAACCAAGAUUCUGCCAUUCCUUUAUCUAGGCUCACAAGUAGACGCGCUUAAUCAGGACAAUAUUCAGAUGAAUGAUAUUACGUGGAUACUGAAUGUAAGCAACACGUGUCCCAAACCAGCAUUCAUACAAGAUGCCCAUUUUUACCGCAUUCCAAUUAACGACAACUAUAGCGACAAGCUCAUCCCGCAUCUCAAGAAAGCAUUCCACUUCUUAGAUAAAGUGCGAGAUGCGAAUGGCUGUGUGCUUAUUCACUGUUUGGCUGGAAUCUCACGAUCUGCCACUCUAGCGAUCGCAUACAUAAUGUAUCACCUCAAACUGUCUUCAGAAGAGGCAUACAGGUAUGUUAAAGACAAACGACCAACAAUAUCACCCAACUUCAACUUCCUGGGCCAGCUGCUUGAGUUUGAAAACCAGCUGAAAGCAGAACGUGGCCAGGCUGAAGAUGACGAAAAUCCUAGUACUCUGAAGCGUCAAUGUAUCUCAGACAUGCGCAGUCCAAGCACACCAACUCAGAAGGAAUUCCCGAAUUUUUUAGUGAACUCAUUGAAGGUUGAUAGUGCAGGAGCACAGUCACCGACAACGCAGCUGGCUCGAUUGAAUUUCAACCAACCGAGUCCCGACUUUCACGCACGAGAAGCUAGUUCUAUUCCCGUGAUUAACUUUCCAACAACGUCACUGGAUAAACUUAACUUUACUCCAUGUUUUGCAAAAGAGGAUCUGGGCUUGGCAUUUAGGAGUAAAACUGGUGGAACGAAACGUCCACUGAGUACUAGUGUACUUGAAACGGGAAAAAAAUGUGACGGAUCUGCACUUGGACAAAUCAAAGAGGUGUGCGCCUCUGCUAGCACAUCCACAAUGCAUCAGGAUAAUGUUUUAAUGCGACCGAAAGAUCUUCGUCCAAAACGCCUCGUGAGGCCAAACAGCAUUGCAUUCUCGACAUAUCCACAUUUUGACUUGAACUCGGACAAUAACAACAAAAAGAAGGAUAAGUUUGGAUUGAUGGGUGCAUGCACAACAAGCGACAGUGCUACCAUAGCAACUCAGGGCAAUAUCACAACAAACAAUAAUGCGGUCUCCAUGGAGACCACAACAACUACAUCAACAACAACAACACAUUUAGACAAUGCAAAUUCUGAGGCAUCUCAGGAAGAAGAGAUGCUUCCAGUACAAAUGAGACCAAAACCAAAUCUAGGCGGGGAGGAACUUCCCUGUAUCUCCGUGAAACGUAGCUCGCUGGAGGAGGGCAGAAAAUCACGUAGUUUGGAAGACAUUCUGAUACACGAUGCUGACCAUUUACAAGAUGUACAUACAUCGACAUGCUGUUGUCAUCGUGCUAUUGGAAACUCAUUAAAAUCCAAACGUUCAGCAGAUAUAUUCAUGAAGCAGUCAGGUAAAGGUGGAAAUCUCGACUCAAUGAAAUGUCGAUGCGGCACUGACCCCCACCAAUCAGAUAGUAGUAUAUCAUCCAGCGGGAGUCACAAGUCUCUACACAGCAGCCUUGAGCUGAUAGAGGUUUCUUAACCCUUAUAUAGCUGGCCUACAGACGAUGGCAUUAAAGAGACUUGGGUCAACAGGGGUUAACAUUAUUCUCAGGAUCUCAAUAUAUCUCAAUCAUACACACCUGAACAAAAUUAUACACAGGAGGUAACUUCACAAUCCCAUCAGGCAUAAGCUACCCUUUGAUCUCUCAAAUUUGAUUGGUCAAUCACAAGUCAUGUGAUUAUAAUUAUGAGUGGGGCGUUUGGGAUUCAACAUGUUCCUCUAGGAAUUGUCAGUGAAAAAUACCUCAAAAUGAAUGUAUAAAUUACAAAUUAAGAAAAUUGAUGAAAUAUUUUUGAAUAAUAUUUGGCCAAAUCAUAGACCAGGCAUGGGUAAAAUGUCACAUGUGGUUAUAUUUUGUUAGUGGGAAAUGUUGAAUUAUUAUAUGAAGUAUAGUAAACAGCAUACCAUGAUGGAAAAAUGAAAUGAAUGAAUUUUUAAAUCGUUAUGUUAAGAUGGCAUCUUAAACAUGGCUGGACUAAAAAUAUAUAAUGUUGAAUGAAUGUAUUAUCAUUUGUACAUAAGCCAAUCACAUGGGGGCUCGAAACAAGUGUCAACAUUUGUAUAUAUGACACUUUAUGCUCUGCGAUAAGUCAUUGCAUUUUAUGGCCCAUAACAUAAAAGUAUAUUGAAUUGAAUUUGUCAUUGUCAUUAAAAUGAGGUGCAAUUCAUUAUAUGGUACUUGGGAAAUGCAGACUUCUUGUACAUGAAAAAAAAUUGCCAUGUAACCAUAGUUACUUGUAGCCAUGGUAACAAUGGUACCUUGUAAAUAUGGUACUAUGUACUAAAAAUGUUAUGCUGAUUAUCUAGUCAGAAUGAUGACAGAAUUGACAAACAUUCAUAUUGUAGAAAUACUUAUGAACCGAUCUGAUACUACUAUAGGGAGAAAAUAUCAAGGAAUGCCUUUAGAGGUGUCUGAAGUCCAUAAUAUAGUAGCAGUAUCAGAAACACACAGUGCAAUCUUAGACAAUGAUCCAUGUAUCGACGUACUCUGUAAAUUAUCUUUGUUGAAAUAUUUUGACUCAUGUAUUACAUGUAUUUAGAUUUAGUUGCCUGAGUUUAUCAUAUAUUGGAUGCUUUCGUAUGGUAUGAAUUUGCUUAUUACUUAAAAUCUUAGGUUGUUUGAACCCUUUGAUUUAUGUAUGUGCAGUUAUGUAAGAAAUUUUUUUGAUUAUCGAGAUAUGAAUGGUGGUGAUUGUUAUCAACUUUAAAAUGAUACAUAGCGUGCAAUACAAACAUGAAUGCUUUACUGCUUACUGAAGGAUGCGCUUUGCAGCAGUUUACUAAUUUGAAAACUUUUUUCAAUUAUUUUCAAAUAUUCAAGUUUUGAUGGGUUUUGAAAUCUAAAUAUGCACAAAGCACUUGCACCUAGACAACAUAACUAAAGUACAUGUAAAAUGAACUCUUGUUUAUUUAAUCAUUUUGGCAGAAUGGUCAUUCCUAUAUUGU